AUGACCAAACAACAAGUUCUUUUCAUUGGUGAUUUGAACCAUUCACUUCCAGAGUUUGAGAAAUUUCAGUCAAAAUAUGAAUGUCUUGAGUACACAUUGACCACGAGGGACCAAUUUAUCGCCGAUUUAAAGACAAAGUUUUCCAACAUCAGUGCCAUUUAUGGAGCAUGGCUUGGAUUUGUUCCAAUUGGUGGAUUUAGAACAGUUAUUGACUAUGCACCAUCAAGUUUGAAAGUUUUGGCCUUUUGCUCGGUGGGGUAUGAUCAUCAGGAUGCAAAUGAAUUAGCACAAAGAGGCAUUGUCAUGACAAAUGUCCCUAGUGUUGGAGCAGCUGAGCCAGUGUCCGACUUAGUUGUUUAUUUUACAAUCACGGGGUUUAGACAAUUACAUAUGUAUGGGAAACAAAAACUUUUGAAAAUCCCUGACACUAUAGAAAUUAGAUAUAAAUUUGCCAAUGGGGAAUUCAGUCAAAAGGAAGGACAAUUGAAUUUAGCUAGUGGGAGGGGCUAUGAUUUUGGUGAAAAAAUCAAUCAAAGACCUAAUUUGAGUCCCAGGGGUCAUAAUGCUGUAAUUGUUGGAUUUGGACAAAUUGGCCAGUUGAUAGGGAAGAAAUUGAACCAAUUAGGAAUGAACAUCACCUAUGUGAAAAGGUCAAAAUUGAACAAGGAACAGGAAGAUGCAUUGGGCUAUGAAGCAACAUAUUUCUCAACCAUUCUCGAUGCUGCAAAAAAAGGCGAUGUUGAUCUCAUUGUAAUUGCAUGUCCGGCAACACCUGAAACCCAUCAUUUGAUCGAUGAAACAGUAAUUGGUUCAAUUCCCAAGCCAUUUAGAAUUAUAAAUAUUGGAAGAGGUACAGUAAUUGACGAACAAGCCUUGUUGAAUGGAUUGGAUCUGGGGAAAAUUUUGUUUGCUGGAUUGGAUGUGUUUGAAAAUGAACCUGCUAUUAAUGAACGGUUGAUAAAUCGUGACGAUGUGGUUUUAACCCCCCAUAUUGGAGCCAGUACUCUGGAGAACUUUGAUUACACAGCCAUAAAAGCCCUUGAAAAUAUUGAUAAUAUCUUGGAAGGUGGAGCAGGUAUUAACAAAGUUAAUUAG